CAUAAAAAAAAAAAAACGGUGAGAAAGUCCAUUUGAAAAAGCGAAGAUGGAAGCUAAGGGAGAAACUAGCUCUGCAGAGAGAACUGAGACUGUACAAAAGUGACAAAUUAACAAGAAAAAUAAAAGUGCACCCCGGGGGACACAGGGUGGGUUAUCGUGAAGAGGCAUAAUAGCGACGGGUGGGGGGCGUGGUCCCGUCUCUUUAUUUCAUCCAAGGGGCGCGGGAACCGGGAGAACUUUCACAGGCGGGGUUCAGAGAUUCAUUUGGCCUGAGUAUAUGUGCUGCCAAGGAGCCCUGGCACGUAUCUUGGGAUCUUGUCAUUAACAAGCCCAGCUUCCUUUCUCAAAGUCGGAAGCAGGAGGGACAGGACUUGCGCUGAUUAACCCUGGCAGAGGCGGCACCUGGGAUUCUGGAACGGCACCACAGAUAAUCACCAUAGCCAUGUCAACUAAUAAGCAGAACCAACAGUUCCCUGGCCCCAGGUCCUGCAGUGAUGAUGAAUACAUGGAUGUUGGCCUUUGCUGCAAGAAGUGUCCUGCCGGAUACUAUGUCGAGGAGCCCUGUCGGAGACCCCACACCCAGGGAAAGUGUGUCCCAUGUGACCAAGGAACAUUCACAGCAUUUUCCAACGGCCUGAACUCUUGCCUCCUUUGUGACACCUGCCAUGAUGACCAGGAAAUGGUGGGGGAGUGCUCCCAGACCCGCAACCGGAAGUGUCAGUGCAAAGCAGGCUAUUUCUACCAGUACCCUGAGUCCUCUGAAUCCUGCAUGCCAUGUGACAAGUGUCCUGAGGGGAUUCCAGUCCUGUGGGAAUGCAACGCCACAUCAAAUAUAGCCUGUGGGGUGGCUGAUCCAAAGAAUAGCAACCGGCUAUAUUGGAUCGGUUAUAUCAUGAUCUCCAUCUGUGUCAUUCUAUUCAUAUGUGGACUCCUAUGCAAACGUCUAAAUUUGAUAAGAUCAAGAGGUCGCCCAGUUGCAGGGAAUGCCAAUGAGUCAGAGAACACGGAGUCUCAGAGUCUGACAGCAGUGUCACUGGGUGUGGCAGCAAGUUGUAAGUUGCUGUAACAAGUACUUCUUACAUUUGAUGAAGAGCGAAGAUGUGUUCUGCCUCCCAGGUUCCAAGGCCCCAGUCUGUGUGAUCAACCUAAGUGUGUGGUGAAGCUGGACAUUGUAGCAGAAGCACUUGGCAGAUCCUGGCAGGGAAGUGGAAGAGGAGUAGACUAUGUCCCAGAAUACUCUUCUAGAAUGUACUCUUUUUUUUUUGUACCGGGGAUUGAACUUGGGUCCUUGCGCUUGCAAGGCAGGCCACCG